AUGAAGCGCAACUUCAAGGCCACGUACAUCCCGCCAUCUUCGCCGGCGCCUGUGUCGGCACCCUCGUCGUCAUCGUCGUCAUCGUCGUCAUCGGGGCCUGCUGCAUCGUGCGCGAGUGAUGGCGAGAGCGUCAUCAAGUUCUACGGCGCACGUAAUGCCAACGGCUGCUUCUCCAACUUCUCCGCCCACCCCAUUCUCCUACGAGGCAAGCAGUGGCCGACGACUGAGCACUACUUCCAGGCGCAGAAGUUUGCAGGCACGCCCAUGGAGGAGACGAUCCGACUCGCAGACACGCCGGCACGGGCCAAGAAGCUGGGCCGCAGCCACAAGGCCACCCGACGCGCCGAUUGGGAAAAGGUGAAGGAUGACUACAUGUACAAGUGCGUGCUGGCCAAGUUCAGCCAACACGUCAGCAUCCGACGAACGCUGCUCGACACCGGCGACGCACUCCUCGUCGAACACACCUCCGCUGACAGCUACUGGGGCGAUGGCGGCGAUGGGUCGGGCAAGAACAUGCUGGGCAAGAUCCUCAUGCGCGUGCGCGACGAGCUGCGCGGACAACAGGAGCCGACCAACAAAGCCCAAAAGGCCUCACGCGGCACGCUCGUCAACAAGCGUAAUAACGACACAUAA